CAGGCAAAAACUCCCUGAGGAACCAACCGUCCAAUUGCGAGAGGCUCGCCAGAGCGACGACUCUCCGCGCAUGUGCGCCCUCAGUUGAAAGUCUUUAGCAAGUCCCGGCUUCCGGCCGGCGGCGCAUGCGCAGUUCUGGUUACUGUGCGCUCGGAGCUACUCUGUGGGUCAGCAAGGUACUCGAGGGCCUCUGGGAAGAUGGCGGGGGCGGGCAUGGCUACCCUGAGCUCUUGGGUACCUCGUCGGAGGUGGGGCAGAGAGGCCGUCUUCUUAGGCUUCUACCGUGGCCUCAGCGCGUUACUUGCAAGGAAGUCGGAGCGGACGCCACGGUGGGUCCCAGCUUGCAGACCAAAGUCAUCGGUCUCUUUCCUUAGUCGACCAGACCUUCCAAACCUGGCUUAUAAGAAGCUAAAAGGCAAAAGUCCAGGAAUUAUCUUCAUCCCUGGCUAUAUAUCUAAUAUGAAUGGUACAAAAGCAUUGGCGAUUGAAGAGUUUUGCAAAUCUCUAGGUCACGCCUAUAUAAGGUUUGAUUACUCAGGAGUUGGAAAUUCGGAUGGUAACUUACAAGAAUGCACAGUGGGAAAAUGGAGAAAAGAUGUUCUUUCUAUAAUUGAUGACUUAGCUGAAGGACCACAGAUACUUGUUGGAUCUAGCCUCGGUGGAUGGCUUAUGCUUCAUGCUGCAAUCGCAAGGCCACAAAAGGUCGUUGCUCUUAUUGGUAUAGCCACAGCUGUAGAUGGCCUAGUGAUACAGUUUAAUCAGCUCCCUGUUGAGGUAAAAAAGGAAAUAGAGGUGAAAGGUGUAUGGAGCAUGCCAUCAAAAUACAGUGAAAAAGGAGUUUAUGACAUUCAGUACAGUUUCAUUAAAGAAGCUGAACACCACUGCUUGUUACAUAGCCCUAUUCCUGUGAACUGCCCUAUAAGAUUGCUCCACGGCAUGAAAGAUGACAUCGUACCUUGGCAUACAUCCAUACAGGUUGCCGACCGAGUAGUCAGCAAAGAUGUAGAUGUCAUCCUCCGAAAAAACAGUGAUCACAGAAUGAAGGAAAAAUCAGACAUUCAACUUCUUGUUUACACUAUUGAUGACUUAAUUGAUAAGCUUUCAACUGUAGUUAACUAG